AUGUCUUUGAAUCCCUUCAAAGCGAAGAAGAGCGCGCCAUCUCCAGAAGAAGCGAUGAAAAAACUGCGCGAAACUGAAGACAUGUUGUCUAAAAAGUCGGAAUUCAUUGAAUCACAAAUUCAAUCACAACUAGCGACUGCGAAAAAGCAUGGAACGAAGAACAAGCGACAAGCCUUGCAAGCGCUUAAGAAGAAAAAGCGUCUUGAAAAGCAACAGGAGCAAAUUGAUAACACGCUAACAACGAUCGAAUUCCAGAGAGAGGCUCUUGAAAACGCAACGUCGAAUACGACUAUUCUGACAAACAUGGCAUAUGCGGCGAAAGCGAUGCAACAGGCAUCGGGAAACAAGUCAGCGGAUGAUGUUCAUGAUAUGCUUGAUGAACUUGAGGAAGCUAAUUACGUGGCAAACGAGAUUUCAGAAGCGAUCUCUCGACCGAUGGGGUGGAAAGAUAUGCCCGAUGAUGCCGAGCUGAUGGAAGAACUUGAGUUGCUCGAGCAAGAAGAGCUAAACGAAAAGAUGCUCGCAGCACCAGCGAAAGAACUGCAGCAAAUGAAACUUCCCGAUGCUCCGAAAAAUGAGCCAAAACGUGCCGUAAAAUCAAAAGAAGACGAAGAGCUAGGCGACUUACAAGCUUGGGCUUCUUGA